AGCUAGCAUAGGCUCUCUGGUGUAACGGACUCGAUACCUAGCUAACUUUGUAGACUGUUCAGCUGAGUUAGAAAGUUGUCUAGCUAGAUUUAUGGAGUUACUUUGUCAUUAGCUAGUUUAAUUUAAUUGUAGAAAUGUUGAAGUUAGCUAACUUACAUGAAUUGUUAGCUAACCUGCUAACUAUGGCUAGCUAGCUAACUACCUACCAAGCUUGCUGAAUUGAUGGAUCUUCUCAGUUAGCUAUCUAUCUUUCUAGCUAAACUUGUUUCGUUGGCUCAUCAUAGCAAGGAUUCAUCGCUGUGUUGCCUAACAUGUUCCCUGAUAACGUUGUUCCGGACACUGCAGACGCAGGCCUCUGACUGGAAACCAUGAGCUCAAUGAUAGGCUGUGAAGGAGACACAGCCACACUAACUAGCUGCUAGCUAACAAGUUGGCUAGUUAACUUGCAGUUUGUACCGCUUGUAUCCGACGCGACCUUAAAGCGCUGAUUGUGAGGUAUGAGUAAUGGCCUUGUAAAAUGAGUUAGCUAUUUGUCGAAUCUAGACAACCAGUCCCAUCAGAUAAUUUAUCAAAGAAAGUUCGACUAGGUAAUAGCUAUAUGGCUAAUUUUGAACUUCACUUUGUUUCUUGUCAACUUAUGUUAGCUAGCUAACUAACGUUAGCUUGCAAUCCGCCUUACCGGUUAGCCAGUGAAUUUGACUGCUGUUUAUUAGUUUGCUAGAUGUUUGUGGUGGAUUAGCUAAAUAAUCACCACCUAUUAUAACUUAAUGAACAACGAAUAAUGUUCGCUGUCAAACUAACGUUCAUAACAUAUCUCUCACAAUGCUGUCAAGUUAACUAAAUCAUAAGUAGCUUGUUAGUACUAGCUAAUGUUUGGCUAACUAGUUAGCACUGUAACGUCAACUCAUUCUUGCACGUGCCGGUGAAUGUUUUGAAGAGUCAAAACAAGGAAGGACUAGCCAAGUUAUGUAUGUGACCCUAAUUGGCAGGAUAUAAUAUAUCCACUGCCAAUUGUGCAGGAUAAUUUGGUCAAAAAGAUGGCAGCAAAGCGUACUAAUGUUGGCCAAUAAAAGAGGCAGGUUUUUUUAGUAGUCAGUUAGCUAGUAUGUUAGCUACCUCUUAUUGAAAUACAGUGCAGCCAGCAACAUGAAAGUCCAAACUGAAACUUGUAACCCAUCCAAGGUGCAUCGAAACGACACAGGGGAGCAGCAAGACAUGUCCAACAAAAAGGACAGCCACAAUAGUAAUUUAUUUUUUCUCAACCGAGACUGUCAGAAUGAACUGGGUUCAGGAUCUCAGAAUCAGAAUGUUCACAUUGUAUCAUCAUUAGACUCCAAAUGGCACAGCACUGAACGCAGCCGCCUAGUCACCGAAGGAGGACUCUGCAACGGAACCUCCCUGGAGAAUGUUCAUGUUCUUUCCCACGGUAGUUCUACUAGUAAUCCUGCACUAAGACAUGAUGGGGUGCCUGAAAUCUCAAACGAACUGUCAUUGUCAGAGGUCUGCAUACCUACUACAGUUACAGUAGAAGAAGACCGUAGCUAUGAGUUACAGCAGGCCUAUAGGAUAUUUAAUGGCUUUCUUCUGGAAAAGCACAAAGGCAUUAUGACUCCCUUCUUGCACCCCAUCAGCCUUGAAAAACACACUGACCGGGUUGGGGGUCUCCUCAAGAAUUCCAUGUGUUUCAGAAGGAUGGAGGAGAAGUUUGUUAGCCGGGAGUAUGAAACAAUCACAGAGUUUGUGGCAGACUUCAGGCUAAUGCUAGAGAACUGCUAUAGGUACCAUGGGGUCGACCACUGGAUUUCUAAACAGGCACAGAAAUUGGAAAUAAUGCUUGAGCAGAAGUUGACACUGCUAUCAAGGACGCUGCGAGAGAAGACCACUCUGGCGGUGACCUCCAUGGGUCGUUUGGGGACCGAGGAUGAGAGGGCGCCUGUGGGCACCUCUACCAGACGGAGGACAGUGCCUCGCAGCCUGGCCACGAUCACAGUGGGGGGAAAUGAGUCCAUCAUGGUGCAGGCACUCAGGCUGGAGGAGCAGCAGAGAGUCAAGGAAGAGAAGAGGCAGCGGGAGCUAGAUAAGAAGGAGGCGGAGGAGACCUCAGCCAAGGAGGUGGAGGAGUGGGAGCGCAGUCUUCUCUCCCAGGCCAUCCAGACCCCCUUGAAGACCAUGUGGGAACUCCCUGCCAUCGGUCACUUCCUCUGCCUGGCCCAGGCAGCUCUCAACCUCCCAGAGAUAGUGUUCUUUGAGCUGGAGCGGUGUCUCCUCAUGCCUCGCUGCAGCGUCUUCCUCUCCAAGAUCAUGAGUUCACUUCUCUGCCCGCCCCAGAGGAGGGGGACGCUCCACCGUCGCCCAGCCCUCACCUACCGCCGCUGGGAGUCCGAGCUCCGGCAGAAGGUGCAAGGCUGGUACUACGCUAUGGGUACGGCGGAGGACCAGGGGUGGAUGGCUGAGCAGCUGGGCCUAUCCCAUCAAUUCUUCAGGACAGUCGGGGUGGUUAGUCCCCUGGAGGAGACCCCCUUCCAUCUCUUACCCUUCAUCCAGCGUGUGUGGCUGCUCAAAGGCCUGUGUGACAACAUAUACGAGACCCAGAAGGACGUGCAGGACGCUGUGCUGGGCCAGCCCAUCCACGAGUGCCGAGAGUCCAUCCUGGGCUACGACGGGAACGAGAAUGCCUACAUACACUUUCCGCAUUUCUGCGGGGCGGACCUACGUAUCUACUGCCAGAGUGCCAGCAUGCCCUCUGACUUCCCCUUACCAGCUGUCUGGGUGAAGAGGGUGGAGCCUGACAAGGGGCUAUCAGAGGAAUCUGACAAGCAGAAGGACUCUGAGCACCUGGUUUCAAUGGAGGAGGAGUCUGAGGAGAAACCUAGUUCUGACAGACUGAGUGGUGGGAGGGUUAAAGAGGAGAACGGGGACAGGAGCAGGGGUGGAACUGGGCGGGGGAUGGAGGAUGAGGGUGAUAAGGAGGACUGUAAGCCUACUAAUCAGAACAGACUCAUUGGCUCUACUGCACUCUCUUCACAUAUCAAGGACUUUGUGGGCAGAGGGAGUGUAAAGGAAGAGCCACAGGAAUUGGAAUAUAGGCCUAAUAGACUUCAGGUGAAACAGGAAGAGGGGUCGAAUGUAUCAUCAGGGUCGUCCGCAGGGUCAUGUGAGCCACGUCUCAGUGUGGGGGAACACUGCUAUACAGGGAAGUCCCCUGCUCGCCCUGCUAAGGCAACCAGCAGGCCUGGUGUAGCCGUACCCAUGAGACCGACUGAUGUCCAUGUUAAAGUGGACAGGAACAAACUCACUGAGGGACAAAGACCUUGUCCAAAAUGUUUCUCCAAAAUGGGGACAAAGUCGGAGGACAAUCAUCGCUGCCGUUGUGCCACGGACAAGAAAUCAAUAACGUCAGCCUCUGGUGCUGGCCACCCCCGCAAGGUGAACUUGACAGAGAAUAGGAUGGACAGGAUUUGGGCCAAGAAAAAGAAAAGGAAGAAAGAGACGGAACUACGUGCAACAGGUGGGCAGCGCAGACCAGACAGGAGCCCACUCUGUAAGGCCAAGGCAGCUAAAUCCACCCUCAGGAGAGCUGCGACCACCAUCAAGAAAAAGGACAAGAGGAAAAAACGAAAAAUGGGAAAAAAGCUUGAGUCCAGGAAACCACAACUCUCAGUUCAACCUGCAUUCAGGUUGGUGUGCACUAGUCUAGAGGAGCUGAGGGAACUCAUCAGCAGGACAGAGGAUGAGCUGGAUGAGCUGGAGAGCACCAAAAAGACAUCUGUUAGUAAAGGAAGGUGGUGCUUCAGGAGAGAAGCCGUGAAAGAUCUGCACAUCACUCUCAUAAGGCUACUCAACGAGCUCUCCCCAUGGGAACCCAAACUGGUCAAGGCUUUCCAUAGGAACAGGCUACGUUUGAAAAAGGAUUAUGACGACUUCAAAAAGCACCCUGACUAUGACAACUUUGUCAGAGAGGAAUGGGUGGCAGAGGAUGUGGACAGAAGCACCUCGUUCACUGAAAACACCAGACUGACUGAAGAGGAGGAACAGCAACAGCAGGAUCAGACAGUUCAGAGGAUCCUGUGGGCGGGAGAGGACUCUGGGCAGUUUGGAACGGAGGCAUUGAGAGGCAGCUUCACCGUGGUAACCAGACAAGAGAUGUUGACCUUGAACGAGCACAGGCCUUCCACUCGGGGCUUGAAGCGCCUGCAGAGUGAUUUAGACGAGAACCCAAGCCUUAUUAAGAGAGGCAGGAUCGGCAGUGACGAGCUGACGACUUCCCCUGAAGCUGAAGUGGAAAACAGACCCAGGGAAGCGACUCCAGCACCACAGAAGGUUGGAGAAACAAGCCCAGUGGUUAUAACUACUCCGAUGGCUGGUGUCCAAAGGACCCACAAGCCCAUUCAGCUACAUACCCUGCUGGCUAAGAGUGUUGGCAAUAAAGUGACUUUAAUUCAUCAUCAGCCAGGUGUUAUCAGCCAUGUUGGUCAUGCACAAAGCAUAGCCUGUUCUUCUUCCCUGCAUGCUACCAAAUUUAAACAUUCUUUACCACAAAGCUCUCAACAGUUACCGCAACCAACAACAACACCUCAACACACACAGAUGGCCCAUACCAAGCCCAUACCAAAGACCCCCGUACAGGUUGUCUACAAGAUGCCCGAGGGCAUGGGUCUGGUCAGGAAAGCUGGAAGCCCUGUGAAAAUCGCAGUGCAGCCAAUCCUGGACCAGAUAACGGGGGAUAAGCAGCAAGUGGUCAUCCUUCCUUCGAACUUGCUCAUUCAAAAGUCAGAGGGUCAGAGUCACCCCCAGCAACCAAGGACAAUCCAGGUCCCAGCCUCCAAAGCACCCACUCCACUACCACACAGCUCUGGAUUCACCAUGCCUCAAAGUCAUGACAACCGGAUCCCCAUACAACAAGUGGCACCGCUAAAGGGAGGUACAGCCUCUCCAACCUACUCCCCUAGGUUGCAGACAACCUCUCUAACAACAGGCUACAAGGUUGUCCAAAUCCCUGGUCCGAAAGUGAGUAGCACUACCCAAAAUGUUAGACCAAAUAGAUCACCAUCCAACCCUACCAGUCCAGCUUUUACUGAUCCCAGAAAACCUCCUGACCCUAAACAAGAGCUGAAGACUGUGUGUAUAAGGGACUCGCAGUCCAUCCUAGUCACCACUAGGGGGGGCAACACUGGAGUGGUCAAGGUGCAGACGUCUGACCAAAGUACAUCUGGUUCGUUACCCACCAGUCCGGUCAUCACCAUCUCUCCACAGUUCAAAGCCUUCCUGGUGUCCAAGACCUCUCCACCUGCUGCCUCCACAGUCCCAGUGGUCACAAGCUUGACUGUAGCCCAGGCGCAAUCAGGACCGUCACCAUUACGGUCUUCAACUGUCACAAGUUCAACAACUGCACACCAGUCUUCGAUCACUGCCGGAAUUCCAAUGGCCACAGAUCAGACAGCGGCCUCUGCUGUUACCGUUGCUGUAAACCAGGGCUGCAACGUCUCAUCUACAGUUGCUGUGAACUCACAACUACCUAAAAGCAUGGUCACUGAACCUGGUAACUCAGCAGGCGCCACCCAGACGUCUCUGGUCCAGUGUGUCACUAAACCUGUUCUGAAAAGGGUAGAUCCGGAUGAGAGGUCCCCAUACACUAAGUUCAUCCUGGUCUCUCCCUCGUCCAACAUCACAUCUAUGGCCGCAACCAAAGUCACUUCCACCACAGCUCCCUCCGCUCUUCCAGGGCAAAGGUUGAUGUUCAUCAGCCAAUCACCAGCCCAGGCAUCCCACGCAACAAGUAGCAUUCCAAAACAGAUUGUAGUGUCAUCAGUGUCUGGGGCACAACCUCUGACCACGUCAAUACCCAAUGAAGCAAUGAAGAUCGGACUCAACUUUGGUCAAGCUAUCAGCAGUGCUAACUUUGGAGCCUUGAAUAAGGUCCAGCGCAUCAAUCUGCUUCCAGGAUCUCCAAUAAGGCUACCACAGCAGGCAAGUAAACUUGCACAAUCUACUUUAAAAAGCACAUCUGUGUCUGGCUCACAGGCAGACCUUCUCGCAACCACGUUGUCUCACAUUGUCACUAGCACUGCACAUUUGCCCUCUUCCACGCGGCUGACUGGAUCUCAACUACAAGGCAUCCCUUCAACCUCUGUGAUCCCCAAUCUAAGCAAGGUAACCGGGCAACCACGGUCUUCGAUAAUCCAAGGUUUAAUUACCAGCAACCCACAACUACCAGUGCCGGUCACUACACCGCUAAGCCCUGUCAAAACAUCCCCUCUCACAUCACCGGCCCAGGUUUCUCAGUCUCACAACUGUCUCUGUGUCAGCGGGGUCACCACACAUGCUCAAAUGAUAAGUACUCCACAGUCUCCAAUUGCCCCUAGAUCCACUCAGCAGUCCACUCCAGUGCGGCCGGCUGAUAAUACCAAUCCUGUCACCAGCACCACCACCACCACUGUGCAACAGAAGAUUGUCAUCAACACCACUGCUCCACUUGCAGGCGGCUCUCAGAUUCUGCUCAACAACACCCGUUUUGUUGUUCCUCCUCAAGGCCUUGGGCCUGGCCAGCAUGUCCUCAUAAUCUCCAGCCCUGCAGUGCCUGUGGUAGCUCCUAGUCCCAGGGGAGCGAGCCCAACCACUGGUGUCCCACGAGUGCCAACGUUACCUGGGCUAGCCACACCUGCACAAGGCCCCAGAAUGGCCACACCACCAGGGACACACCAGCCUCAACAAGCAGCACUUAGAUCACUAACCCUGGCAGCGCCGUCCGCUGCGAAAGUUGGACCCUCUCUCCCUGUCUCUCUCACUGUCCCUCGCCAGGUGAUGAAGAUUCGAGCUCCACUAUCGGCCACCAGCACCACCACCAACGGUUCUCCACAAGUUUCACACCGGCUCCCUGCUCCGGCCACCAUACUCACUGGCCUAGCUGAUGUGGUGGCAGCUCCACCUUUAACUGAACCGGAAGGGAUGGGUGGCCUGUCACUCUCCUCCGUACAAGGAAGUCCCAGCGCAGCUCAAACAGCAGGAGUUCCACAGAGCCCAACAAAGCAGCUCCCUUUGAACACGGGACUUGGCAUCAACUACGCACCACUCACAACACAGCAACUAACGUCAUUCGUGCAACCUAUGGGAGCGCUCUCCACCCGGACGCAGGUCCUGCCGACGAUUGCUGUUCCGCCGAUCGGGAGCACCUUCUCCAGGAUGCAGUCUCUACCUGUGGUGACCGUACCGCCCCUUGGGGGUGCCUCCGGUAGCAGAACGUCUCCUGUGGCAACUGUGCCUCCAUCCAACAGCACUGUGAACAUGACACCUGCUCAACCUAUCAGGACGGUGAUGUCGGCAGAGACUAUCCGCAUGCCCAUUGUUUUAUCCAAUCCUCGGCAGCAGCAGAUACUGGGCCUAGGCAAACGCCCUUUGCAGCCUUUACAGGUGCCUGCAUCAGCAGUGCAAACAACCAGCCCCACCACCAAUAUACUAGUGAGUCCUGAUUGUGCUGUUUUAAACACUGUUAGAGGCCCUACCGCCAACACAGGCCUGCCAGAGGUGGCUAACGAGCCUUUGGCUACGUUGAUUGUAACUCCGAAAUCCACUUGGAGAGUGCUGCCCCUGCCUCCUGUAAAUACUGACAAUCCCUCAAUGCCUACCCAGGCUGACAGAAGUGGACCUAUCGACUGAAAGACUGAGACUGAAAUCUAGUACCAUUGUCUGUGAUGUGGCCCCGUGUAGCUCAGUUGGUAGAGCAUGGCGCUUGCAACGCCAGGGUUGUGGGUUCGUUUCCCACG